AUGCUCCUUAUCUUGGCAACCCUCUUCUGCGUCAGCGGACCUGUGACCGCUACUACAAAGCCCCAGGCAUGCUGGAGAAACAGCACGUGUAACGGGCCAUCACACCCCGCGUUUACCGGGCCCUGGGAAGCUUUUAAUCUUGCUCCAAAAUCCCGUUCUGUGGAACCCCAGACGCUUCUGUCGCUUCCAAACGGAGCCCCUCUUGGUAAUUACAACCACAACGGCACGAUUAUCAAAGCAUCAAGCGAUGGUGUUGUCUUUGAUUUUGGACUUGAGGUCGGUGGCAUUUUGUCGUUCGAAUAUGCGAUGAACGGCAAUAGCACCAAUGCUUCGAUUGGUCUAGCUUUCACAGAAGCAAAGGAUUACGUGGGCCGCAAGUCAGACAACUCGAACGGUGGACAAGGUCCAGACAAUGCCUUGCUUUAUCCACUGAAUACCACACGUGAGGGGAGUUACAUCAUGCCUGAUGUCAGUCUUCGCGGUGGAUUCCGAUAUCUCACUGUCUUCCUUCUAGCUAGUCCAAACGAAAGCCUUACGGUCCGAAGAGUCAAGCUAGAGAUUAGCUUCCAGCCUACUUGGCCAGACCUUCGAGCCUAUCAAGGCUACUUUCACUCAAGUGAACCCUUGCUUGACAAAAUUUGGUAUAGCGGCGCGUAUACUCUGCAAACAAACUCGGUUCCUGGCAAUACCGGGAGAGCGAAAGUUCAGACUGACCGUGUGGGGUGGAACAAUGCUGCCUACAUUGGUCCGGGCGACACAGUUCUGCUAGACGGGGCAAAGCGGGAUCGGUGGGUUUGGAUCGGGGACAUGGGUACGGCCGUUCCAGCCGCUUUUGUCAGCACCGGUGAAAUGGAGAGCACAAAAAACGCGUUGAGGGCGAUUUUCGACAAUCAAUCAGCCGAUGGCACACUGCCAAAAGCUGGGCCACCGUAUCUUAGCAAAGACAGUGACACGUAUCACUUGUGGGCUCUCAUUGGUUUCUACAACUAUUACCUGUAUACGGGUGACGAAAUCUUCGUGCAAAACUACUGGUCCAAGUAUGUUUUGGGCGUGAACAGGAUGCUCGGCAAAAUUGACAGUAGGGGGCUCGUGAAUGUCACUGGAACCGCAGAUUGGGGGCGAUGGACUUAUUCCUCUGAGCGGAGCUCCGCUAGUAUGCUUCUGUACCGGGCGUUAGUCACCGGAAGCUCAAUAGCGGACUGGUCUCCAAGCCUUCCAGAUGCUUCAACUCACCGCACCAACUGGACCGUUGCGGCGUCGGCUCUGCAAGCAUCUAUCAUUACCCACCUAUGGGACGACAUGCGCGGUGCCUUCAAAGAGAGUAUUAACAACACCGCGCUUUACCCGCAAGACGCGAACAGCAUGGCUCUCGCGUUUGAGAUCUUUCCGGCUUCGGAUCCACGCGCUCAGCGCGUCUCCACAUACCUCACCACAAACUGGACGCCGAUCGGCGCAAUUAAUCCCGAACUCAGUGCCAAUGUUUCCACCAUAUCGCCUUUCAUAUCCAGUAUUGAGCUCGAAGCGCAUUUCAAGAUCGGCCGUCCAGAGCGUUCACUCAAGCUCAUCAGAAGCGCGUGGGGUUGGUACUUGAACAAUCCCAAUGGCACGCAGUCGACAGUACCUGAGGGUUACCUUGCUGACGGGAGUUGGGGCUAUCGAGGUGAUAGAGGGUAUCGGAAUGACCCAAGCUACGUGAGCCAUGCGCAUGGUUGGAGCAGUGGUCCCACGAGCACAUUGACGGAGUAUCUAGUAGGUUUGAGAAUUACGGAGCCAAAGGGAAGGAAGUGGGAGAUAAAACCGGGUACGUUUGACGAGCUGGAGAGAGCGGAAGCAGGUUUUACUACUGCUUUGGGCAAGUUCUCUGCCAGGAUCCAAGUGCUGAAAAAGACGGUCAUAGUUGAGUGGGACACGCCAGUUGGGUCAGAGGGGUAUGUGCAAGUACCUGGCCAGAUUGGUAGAACAGUAGAGGGCGGACCAGGCUUUAAGAUUGUAUAUCGUACCUAA